AUGUCGCGUAGAAAUCAUCCAGCCUGGUGGCAGCGGACGGCAUCAGAUCGCCUCAGACAGGACGGACGACUCAUCUACCGCACUGUCGUUAGCAAGAUUGAAGCCUUAAAGAUCAGCGGAAUCCCAUCGGCACCGGUCUUUUGGAAGAGCACCAGCGGCCUAUACGUCUACACUUGUCCCCUUGGAGAUGACAACUUUGAAGUGACAGCCCGUAUUCGCCGACCAAAGCCAGAUCAAGAUGCUGUCAGUUGGGGUCGACCUUUCGACUUGAAUGAUCUACUUCUUGAAUUUGACGACUUUUGUGUCCCGCGAAACACAAGAAUUUGCAUUACUUUCUGGCCCUCGCUUGAGAGUAUUGUAUGCAAUGGCAAUACCGCCUUCGUCGGCGAUGCUUCACAUCCCUUGCAAGGAAACUUUGGGUCGGGUGCUGGAUUUGCACUAGAAGAUGUAUACAAAUUGGGAAGAAUUCUUGACUGGGGGUGGCAACAGGAGAUCUCCGUGUGCGAUGGGCUUGAGAUGUUUGACAAAAUUAGAUCUCCCCAUUACAAGCGCCUUGUUGAAGCCAUUGGCGAGUUUUCGUCAAUCAAAAAGGCUCUCUUGGACGAGCGGCUCUCAAUUGAUGAGGAACUUUCGGAGCGGGUCAGGAGAAUAUCGCAGAGUUCCCCAUCCUGGAUGUAUUAUUAUGAGAUUGACAAAGUUGUUGACAAGGUGCUUCGCGAAGCAAAUCAAAGGACUGUUGGUCAGUGGUAG